GCCAUCUUUAAAUCUGUAUGAACGGAGAGUAUCGUAACGAGGUCACUUGAGUAAUUUUCUACGGUGUUUUUGAUCAAAAUUUUUGCUGUUAGUUUAACAUAACAUAAAACAAUGUCGGGCUUUAGUACCACGUUGUACAACAUUUUCCUGAAAAGAUCAUCUACAUAUGUUAUUACUAUAAUAGGCGGAACUUUUAUCUUCGAACGUAGUUUUGAUUUAGCCAGCAAUAAAUUGUUCGAAUCAAUCAACAAAGGAAAACUAUGGAAAGACAUCAAACACAAGUAUGAAGCAAACUGAAUGGAUGGAUUAAAUAUUUUAUACACUAGUUGUAUAUUUAAUAGAUAUUUGUUUUCUCUAUGAGAAUGUAAAUAAAAAAACAAGUGGUCAAUAAUAAAUAAAGCAUUUUGUUUCUAUUCUGUUUUGCAUGAAGCAAAACAA